GUGAGGGCUCGUUAAUGCUGGAUAGCUCUGGUUAAGAGCUCCAGCUUCGGCGCUGUUUGUGUCAAGCAGAAAACGUGAAUAUUGAGUCAAAAACAGGAUUAAGCGAAAAGUCACUUUGUUCUAUUUCUUUUACUGGGAGUGCCAAAUGUUCGACUAGUCGGGAAGCGUAUUAGGAAUGCCGUAUUAUACUUUUGCCGCCUCAACUAGAACCAGUUGAGUUAGCUCCUGAGCUGUUUUCAGACACAGCACCUCCGGCUCGUCUGUGUAAUCUGUACUUUGGAAUGGAGCUGAAGUGGAUCCGUAAUUCUGGUCGGAAGUAGGUGUUACGCAGUUAGGACGCACGUAAUUAACAGUCUCACCCGAGAGUCACGCCCUGACCUGUGUAGCUCUGUGGCACUGGGUACCAAAAAAUAGCCUUUUACGUCAUAAACUGGGUGUAGAACCGUGAGCCGCUUUGCUCCAGACCCACAUGGGUCCCUGACUCUGACUACCAGUCGAGUCGGUACACUUCAGUAUCAAGUCAGGUGUAUCCAGGUGAGAGUGUUCAAAAAUGCCACUACUUUUCCUGGAGAGGUUUCCCUGGCCCAGUCUGCAGACUUACACAGCCUUGAGUGCCGCCCUGCUCGCCGGGAGCGUCCUGAGCGCCUACAGCACGGUGACGGAUCCGGGGUUGGGGCUCUCGGAGGAAGCGGGUGAAGAGGAGCUUUCCGGCUCCGGCGGCGGGGUGGCUUCAGGUGUGCUGUCCUACCUGCUCUACGACAGCUUCUUCGUGUGGGUGCUGGUGAACACAGCUUGUUGUUUCCUCAUGCUGGUUGCCAAGGCGAUUCAGUGUAUAGUGUUUGGACCACUCAGGGUCAGUGAAAAACAGCAUCUGAAGGACAAAUUUUGGAACUUCAUCUUCUACAAGUUCAUUUUCAUCUUUGGAGUGCUGAAUGUGCAAACCUUGGAGGAGGUGGUCAUGUGGUGCCUGUGGUUUGCUGCACUCAUCUUCCUCCACCUCAUGGUUCAGCUCUGCAAAGACCGCUUUGAAUAUCUGUCUUUCUCACCCACCACGCCAAGGAGCAGCCAUGUGCGUGUGCUCUCACUGCUGGUGGCAGUUUUGGUCUCCUGUGGCAGCAUGGCAGUACUCUGUGGGCUGGUGGGGGUUCCGCAUGGCCUCCACACAGUGGCCUUCAUGGCUGCAGAGUGUCUGCUCGUUACUGUCCGCACUGGCCAUGUUAUCAUGCGCUAUACCAUCCACCUGUGGGACCUGAAUCAUGAGGGUACCUGGGAGAGCAAAGGCACCUAUGUGUACUACACAGAUUUCAUCAUGGAGUUGGCCUUGCUGACCCUGGACCUAAUGCACCAUAUCCACAUGCUGCUCUUCGGCAACAUUUGGCUGUCUAUGGCUAGCCUGGUGAUCUUCAUGCAGCUCCGCUACCUCUUCCACGAGGUUCAGCGGCGCAUCCAACGCCACAAGAACUACCUACGUGUUAUCGAUAACAUGGAAUCCAGGUUUGAGGUGGCCACCCCAGAGGAGCUGGCUGCCAACAGUGAUGACUGUGCCAUCUGCUGGGAUUCUAUGCAGGCUGCACGCAAGCUUCCUUGUGGACAUCUCUUUCACAAUUCCUGUCUGCGAUCCUGGCUAGAACAGGAUACUUCCUGUCCUACAUGUCGCAUGUCUCUGAACAUCAACGAGGGUGACCAGGCUCAGGGGGAGCGGCAGAGAGAGGCCCUGGAGGACAACAUGGGCGCUGUGCCUGGAGCAGAAGCCCGACCUCUUCACAAUCAGCACAACCACUUCUUCCACUUUGAUGGAUCCCGCAUUGCCAGUUGGUUGCCAAGUUUUUCUGUGGAGGUCAUGCACACCACCAACAUCCUGGGAAUGGUUCAGGCCAACAAUUAUCAACUGAAUGUCAUGGCACACCAGAUCCAAGAGAUGUUUCCCCAGGUGCCCUAUCACCUAGUGCUGCAGGACCUACAACUCACGCGCUCCAUGGAGAUUACUACUGAUAACAUCCUGGAGGGUCGCAUCCAGGUGCCCUUCACUGCACCGCCCAGUGAGCGGCCCUCCGUCCAGGAGAGCUCCACCUCAGAUGAGCCUCUGGAGGCCAGUGGCGGGACAGUGGAUGUCUCACCAGGCCAAGUGCCUGACACAGAGAUCAGGGGCAACCGCUUCUCCAAGUCAGCAGCAGAGAGGCAAAGGAUGCUGCUACAGAGGAAGGAGGAACUGCUGCAGCAAGCACGCAGGCGGUACCUGAGCAAGAGCCCUGAGGAAGAUGAUGAUGAAGAUAUCUUAACCAGGCUGGAGGACAACUCCCCUGGGUCAGACUUGGCUUCAAUGCGCCGCCUGAUGCUAGCUGCCGCUGCAGAGCGCCGGCUGCACAGGCCCCAGGACUUGUCCCAGUGAGGUUGGAGCAGGAAACCACUGGGAGUGUAUCUUCACACCAGCAACAGUCUCCUUGUGUGUGUGUGUGCGCGUGCACUAGAGACUGACUCUUAGAGGUCCAGACUUUGGAAUUGUGGGGCUCCGAGUGCUGUUCUUUGAGAAUUAGUUAUUGGCACAGAAAUGCUGCAUCUGUAGGUUUCUUAUGCACUGUUAAUUACCUCUGAAAGUCUUUUUUCCAGAAACAUGAAAAAAUCAAAUUUAAAGCCUGAUAAACUCAUUGCAAUACAUUUUGUUGCCUGGAACCCUGUAAUUCUAAAUGUCGAAAUCCUGAUGAAAGAAAAAUUUCUCCUGCUGUUCUUUCUUUUCCAAAAUAUGUUGGAACAGGCAUGAUAUUUUGCUAGGCUGUGACUUUGGUAUGCUGCUUUGGGUUGCUUUAGCAAGAAAACCUUUUCAAGAGCCCAACUAUGUCUUGGGAGUUCAAACCUUUAAUUUUCAACCCAGGAAACGCACCCCAUCGAGUAUAGGAGCUGUGUAGCGAGCAGGUUGUCUCAUACGUACGUUCCAUACAUUAUGGUGAGAUGGACAUGUGCAAACCAUUUUCUGAUUGUGACCAGUUGGGUUUUGGUUAGAAUCAGGACCAAUGUUAUAAUGGUAUCUCAAGAGAAAUUUUUAUUUUGAAAAGAUGUUAAGAAUCAGCUGUAAAUUUAAAAGAUGCUGAAGGUUUUUUUUCUUUGUGUUGAAGUUUCUUUUUGUAAUAUGAAUGUACUUUAAUACAGAAGGCUUUAAUAGAAGUUGCCCUGUGCUUAGGACAUCUUCUGCAUCUUUUUAAAUUUAUUUGGAUGUGCAACUCUUUAAAACUCCAGACAGAUGUGAUCUGGAUAUAUAAAUUUUAUUGGAUGGAAGAUGGAAAACAUAAUAUUGAAAUUUCUAUAUAACUUUGUCCGCAGAGAAAUAUAUUUGUGCACAGUGUUAAUGCCUGAUGGUCAAGGAAUAUGCUUAACUGAAUAAGAAACGUGAGGCUUUGAAAUGCUGCAAAAAAGAUGGAAAGUGAUGAUGGAAAGUACUGUCGUUAGUAUUGAGCUCCUAACAGCAUGAGCGGUUUGUACAUGGUAUAGUGUGCCAGAAGUGAAGAGGUUGUAAACCACAGUUGUGUGAAAGGGGUAUGUUUCAGACAGGUUACAUGUCGCUGUUUUUAUUGCAGCGCCUGUGUUUGCCAAGACAACACUGAUCACACAAAGUGUCUGUAUGUACCUGUAUGCAGCAUGAAUAUUUUACACACAUAAAAAGCAAUUGUUUUAUUUCCCCCCCCCCCUUUUUU